CAAUAUGGUGUUUCUACAGGCGGUGGUGAAUGUUAGACAUUAAUGAAGGACCCUGAUGCAGGAGGACGGAAGUGUUCAGUAAACUGCUAAAAGCUAAAUCCAAGAUGACUGUGUAUAAUCUGUACAUAUUUGACCGUAAUGGAACCUGCCUACACUACAGUGAGUGGAACCGCAAAAAACAAGCAGGGAUCUCUAAAGAGGAGGAGUUUAAGCUGAUGUAUGGAAUGCUGUUCUCCAUCCGUUCCUUCGUCAGUAAGAUGUCUCCACUCGACAUGAAGGAUGGGUUUGUGUCAUUUCAGACAAGUCGUUAUAAACUUCAUUACUAUGAAACUCCAACAGGAAUUAAAGUGGUGAUGAACACAGACCUGGGUGUUUCUAACUGCAGAGAUGUCCUGCAUCAAAUCUAUAGCACGGUCUAUGUGGAGUGUAUAGUGAAGAACCCACUGUGUGAGCUGGGAGGAACUCUACAGAGUGAACUGUUCUCCAACAGACUCGACUCAUUCGUCAGAGCACUGCCUUUCUUCGGUGUCCGUGCUGCAUAAACACUGUGUGUGUGUGUGUGUGUGUGUGAGAGAGAGAGAGAGAGAGAGAGAAAUAUACUGUUGUGUAUAAGAUAAAUAUAUUGGUUGUAAAUAUAAUAACUGUUGUGUUAUUCUUUCACCAGUUUUCACUGGACGUUGAUGACUGAUCAGAUGAUAAAGUAAUGAUAUUGAGAGUUUAGGCGCGUGUGUGUCUGUCAGUGGGAGAAGCUACACACACGCCAGUGAUGGCUUGUAGUUAUUAAAAUAGGGGAAGCAUAAUUUUCUCUUGUAUGUAACAUAAGCAGUAGGUUUGUUAUCUGUGUGCUUGUUGUAAACAAUGUCGCUCAUUCACAGGGGUUUGGAGUUUAAAACUAAUAAUAAACACAGCCAAUCAAUCUUACUGUA